CGGGAGCGGCCCUCCCGUGAGGCCUUGCAAGGCUGGGCGGCGGCGGCGGCGGGCUUCUGAGGGGUGCGAGCCGAGCUUCCUGAGGUUGGUCGUGUCUGACUUUGCUUCCUGCGUGAAUGCGGCUGCUGACUGAGUCAUUCAGGAUAAAUUAUUAUAGAUUCUAAAAAUAUUUUUGCCCCUUCUCUAUGGAUUUAACAUAAAAUUAGUUUUGUAUGUAGUUGGACUUAUUUUUUAAAUAUCAACACCAUUAAAGCCUUAUCAGUUACAAAAUACCGGGUAGUUAAACCAUGAGCUGUGGAAAAGAUUUUGUGGAAACAUUAAAAAAAAUUGGUUAUCCCAAAGCUGAUAGUCUUAAUGGGGAAGAUUUUGACUGGUUGUUUGUUGAAAAUGAACCAUUUUUGAAGUGGUUUUGUGAGAAUGUGAAUGAACAGAACGUAUUGUCUGAAGAGGAAUUGGAAGCUUUUGGCAUUCUUCAAAAAUCAGGCAAGCCCAUCCUAGAAGGAGCAGCAUUGGAUGAAGUUCUUAAAACUUGUAAAGCUUCUGAUUUGAAGACACCCACAUUGAAUGACAAAGAGCUAGAGAAAUUAGAGGAUGAGAUUCAAACUCUGCAGAAAUUAAAGAACCUAAAAAUUCAGCGACGUAAUAAAUGCCAGUUGAUGGCUUCAGUAACUAGUCACAAAUCUCUGAGGUUAAAGGCUAAAGAAGAAGAAACCAAUAAAAAGCUGAAACAGAGUCAAGGAAUUCUAAAUGCUACAAAUACUAAGAUCAGUAAUGAACUUCACACUCUUACUGAUGGAGUUGCCAAGUUAAUGACGUUUUUCAGACGAUCUAAUUUGGGUCAAGGAACAAAUCCACUGGUGUUUUUAUCUCAGCUUUCAUUGCAAAACUAUCUAAGCCAAGAAGAGCAAAGUACGGCAGCAUUAACCUUAUAUACCAAAAAACAGUUCUUUCAGGGUAUACAUGAAGUAGUCGAAAGUUCAAAUGAAGAAAAUUUUCAACUUUUAGAUAUGCAGGCACCAUCUGUUUGUGAUAAUCAAGAAGUUCUUGAGGAGAGCCGGCUAGAAAUGGCUAGGCUGCAGCUGGCAUACAUUUGUGCUCAACAUCAGUUAAUUCACUUGAAAGCAAAUAAUUUGAGCCUGAAGUCAAGUAUAAAGUGGGCAGAGGAGAAUCUUCAUAGCCUCACUAGCAAGGCUCUUGGCAAAGAUAAUUUGGAUGCUAAAAUUUCUAGCUUGAACAGUGAAAUUCUGAAACUUGAAGAACAAAUCACUCAUAUAAAAGACAAAAUUUUGCCUGCUGUGGUAAAAGAGAAUGCCCAGUUAUUGAAUAUGCCAGUUGUAAAGGGAGAUUUUGAUCGACAGAUUGCUAAACAAGACUAUUACACAGCAAGACAAGAGUUCGUUUUAAAUCAGUUGAUAAAGCAAAAGGCAUCAUUUGAUCUUCUUCAUUUAUCAUAUGAAAUUGAAUUGAGAAAGCAUUGGGACAUAUAUCGUCAGCUGGAAAACUUGGUUCACCUACUUAAUCAAAGUAAUUUGAUGUUCCACCAACGAUUAGAAAUGCUAACAGACCCAUCAGUAUCUCAGCAGAUAAAUCCACGGAAUACCAUUGAUACCAAGGAUUCUUCUACUCAUAGGCUUUAUCAACUUUUAGAAGGAGAGAAUAAGAAAAAAGAAUUGUUUAUAACCCAUGGAAACCUGGAAGAAGUAGCUGAGAAGUUAAAACAGGAUGUUUCUUUGGUACAAGAGCAGUUGGCAGUAUCUACUCAAGAACAUUCUUCCUUUCUGUCCAAACUAAACAAUGAUGUGAACAUGCUUUGUGAAGCUUUGUAUCAAGGAGGAAAUCAGCUUUUGCUUAGUGAUCAGGAGCUAACGGAGCAGUUUCAUCAAGUUGAAUCUCAGCUAAAUAAACUAAAUCAUCAUCUUACUGAUAUUUUUGCUGAUGUGAAGACAAAAAGAAAACUUUUGGCAUCUGAUAAGCUGCAUCAAGUGGAAAGAGAAUUCUAUGUAUAUUUUUUAAAAGAUGAAGAUUAUCUGAAAAAUAUUGUGGAGAAUUUAGAAAACCAAUCAAAGAUUAAGACCACUGGUCUUGAAGACUGAAAAUUGCCAAAAAUGAAAUCUUCACUGCAUGUGCUUUGCAUAUUAGGAGAAUACAGAUAAUAAACACCAUGAAAAUGUUAA